CAACACACCGGGGUGGAUGGACUAGGGAGAAAGUGAUCCUGGCUAAGGAUACGGGGCUAUGCAGUCACCGCUCGUGGAUCACGUCCGGAUCCAGGUGGAAGACACCUUCUUCUCGGUGGACAAGGCUCUUCUGGUGGAACACAGUGAAUAUUUCCGUGCUCUCUUCCAGUCCGGCAUGAAAGAGAGUACUCAGGAGGAGAUCCGGAUCAGGAGCCUGAGUGCCACUGGAUUUUGCAUCCUGUUAAAAGUCCUGGAAGGGGACUGUCCUCUGCUGAGCUGUGAGGAAAACCUCAAGGUGGUGGAAUGCGCCUCCUUCUUGCAGGUGAAAGCCCUGGCCAAGUAUCUGAUUGCAUCCAUCAAUUCUGACAACUGCAUUAUUCUUUACCAAGCUGCGGCAAUGUUUGGUCUUCUGGAUCUGUUCCACAGAGCUGCCCUCUACAUCAGAGAUAGUUACUCCGAACUGGAGGAAUACCUGGACUGCCUUUCUCCAGACCUUUUGGAUUAUGUAGAGUCUCUUCUCCCGAGUAGCUUUGUGGCUGUGGGGGCUCACACACCCACCUUUGAGUUCUUGGAGGAUGUCUCACGCUCCGUUUGCUACCUGGACGAGGAAACCAACACCUGGAGGACUCUUUCUUACUUGCCACUCACUGCCAGCACCUUUCUAGCUGGCAUGACAACCCUGGAUAACAAAAUUUACAUUGUGGGAGGGGUCUAUGGGUACAACAAGCAGAUUGUGGACCAAAGCUUUUGCUACGAUCCAGUAACCAACAUCUGGAGUGAAUUUUCCAGCCCUCAGCAACUUCGGUACGAUAUCACCUUGACAGCCCUGGAAGAUACACUUUAUGCCAUUGGUGGUGAAUUUGAGAAGACACCGUUGAAAUCAGUAGAAAAAUUCAACCUGUCUACCAACAAGUGGGACUUCCUGUCGGAUUUGCCUCAACCAGCAGCGGCUGUACCGUGUGCCCAAGCCAUGGGACGGAUCUUUGUUUGUUUGUGGAAGCCUCUCGACACCACAAUCAUCUAUGAGUACCUGCCCCAGAAGGAUGAAUGGCUUCCCAUCUCGACCCUGACUCGGCCUCAGAGUUAUGGCCACUGUAUGGUGUCUCAUAGAGACAAUCUCUACAUCAUGCGCAAUGGGCCUUUCGAUGACUUCCUGCGAUGCAUGGUAGACCGCUUCAAUCUCACGACAAUGCAAUGGACCUCUUUACCUGGCCAGUACAUGAACAGCAAAGGAGCGCUCUUCACCGCCGUCGUCAAGGGGGACACAAUUUAUACGGUCAACAAGAUGUUGACCUUACUGUACACCAUAGAGGACAGCACAUGGAAGUUCAAAAAGGAGAAAGCUGGCUUCCCAAGAAGUGGGUCUUUGCAAACUUUUCUUCUCAGGUUUCCGAAAACAGAUCACAGUAUUGCAACGUAA